CUCUCUGGAUGGAUGAGCCCUAGCAUCGGAGUCACCACCAUUACAUCAUCCGUUCCCACACAGCCGAACACGAAACGAGAGCUUUUUAAUAUUUAACCGGGAUCCCGAUCAUUCAGACUAGAGAAGCAGGCGCCCCGCUCUUCAUAAAGGACGCUGUGGGGAUUAUAAAAACACAUCAACAAUGUCUGCGGGGAUGAUGGCGUUUCAAUGAACAGGGAGGAGAGGAGGGGGCGAGGAGGAGAGACGUGCGCCGUCAUCAGCAUCUGUCCGCCAGCUCCCUUUGUGUUCACCGGAGAAUGUGAAUGGCGAAAGAUGACAUGGCAGAGGUAGAUUUGGCAUCAAACGGAGCGGAACCCCCCGGCGAGGCCUCCUCGGCGUUUCCCUACGAGGAGUACGAAUGCAAAAUCUGUUACAAUUAUUUCGACCUUGACCGCCGGGCUCCUAAGAUCCUAGAGUGCCUGCACACGUUCUGCGAGGAGUGCCUGAACACGCUUCACCUCCGGGAGGAGCGGCCAUGGCGCAUCAGCUGCCCCGUCUGUCGCCACCGGACUCCGGUGCCGGAUUAUCGGAUACAGAACCUGCCCAACAACACCAAGGUGACGGAGGAUUUUCCGCUCUACAUCGAUUCGGACCCCCUGCCUCAGGACGCUUUGCCGCCGUACCCUCCCCCGCUGCACCCGGCUCUCGUCGCCCUCCGCCGGGAGGAGGCGUCGGGGACAUCCAGCACCAGCCAGGCGACUCCGUCCACCACCGUGUCUACGGCCACGACCCUCUCCCAGGACUCAGUGCGCUACGACAGCUGUCAGAGCUGCAAGAGAGUGGCACUGACCACCGGCUGCGUGUGCGUGAUCUUCUCCUUUCUGUCCAUGCUGGUGUUGCUCUUCAUGGGCCUGAUCUUUGUGCAUAGUCACAGCAUUCCUCCCUCGCCCGCGGGACCCAUUUGCUUGUCGGUAGCCAGCAUCCUGGCCAUGUUCUCGGUGGUCGUCACAUGGUUGAUCUGCUGGCUCAAAUACAGACCAGACCAUGAGACAGGCCGCUCAUCCGCCACCAGUAACUCCCGGAGAAACGCCUGAUAGGCUGCUGGCUGUGACUAUUGAUGGAGAUGUUGUACUGUGGGUGUGUGGUUAUGUACAUAUACUGGCAACUGAUACUCCUGCUCCCUUUACUUUUUCUAGGUAUAAAUAUCGUCCUAAAUGGCCUUUUAUCAGUAUAGCAAACACCCAAAGGCCUUCCUGCUGUUUGGAGCAAUAGGCCGACACCAACAUGAUCCUUGAUAAUCUUUUCCUCCACUUGAAAUCGGAGUGGGCCCAGUUGACUGGGUGUCCUGAUGAGUGAACUUGUCCAAGACAUGGACCACUUGAUGUUGGGUAAAGCUGUGAUUGGCUUGAUGACUGAAUGUGAAGUGCUUAUUUCCAGGGUUUGACACCCUCCCCACCCUAUCCUGAUAAAUAAUAUGCAUAUACCACUCUGCAACUCACUGUAUGAUAACUGUCCAUGAUGAUUCACUCUUAUAUCUCAACAAAGCACUAUUGUAUUGUACAGAUAUUUGGCAAAUGUUCACUUCUGAGUUUUCAGGUGAUGGGCCUCCAUUACAAAUAAGUCGUGUCCACAAUCCAAACUGUAAAUAGUCCACGAGUACUAAAGAGCUGGUGAGUGGUUACAGGUUAGGUGUGAUCAGCCUGUCUUGAAGACCUUCCUUAUCCUUGUGCUUUAACUCGUCCUACAGGAUGGCACUGUUUCCUCUGUCACAAUGAAAACUGCACCUCUUCCAGGUUUUUCUAUCUGGCAAAGCUCAUAGGGAUACAAAGUGAUAGCUUGUGAUUUUGACCCUGUGUUUGGCUACUUUUGCGCAUGUUAGGCUACUGAAAGGUCAAGGCCAUGUUUUUUGUUUUUACUUUCUUUUUUUUUUUUAAUUGAAGGGACAAUGUGUUUCUUUGACUUGUGUGCCUCACCUCGUUGCUGAAUGAAGCAAACGUCACUGCAAUCAUGAUCAAAAUCAUGCACGGGCCCCCCUGUAACAGACAGCAUCCAGCUGCGGUGUCGGCAGGGAUUUCCUCUUUCUGUCACAUCAUUUACACGUCGGAAGUUGAAAACAGGGUUUCCAACAUGGAGCUGCCUCCCGCCCGGCACCUUUUUAUACUUAUGAAAAAUGUGGGUCUUUGCAACUGGCUUUGAAGAAAGGUUGGGAAAGAUAUGGGUGUCUAAAUGUGUUUUAACAGGUAAUCCAGGCUAAAGUCCACCUUCAGCUGCUUCCAAGUCCAAGUUAACUCUUCGGCUUCCUUCAAAAGCCACAUGUGAGAAUCUAAUGUAACUGUAUCUUGACAGGUCAGACACAGUGAACAACUCAUAAAAGGAUACAUUUGGUGUCUUUCUGGCCCCUCUGAGAUUGUCAGGAGUGAUAAUUAUCUCUGGAAAGAGCCCCAUCAGCUGUGUGGCUGAGAUUACAGUGAUAUACUAUACAGCCAGUACCUGCACAAUUCAAAUAUUCAACUUUACCAAGCAAAACAUAAUAUAAUUUGGAUUAUCUACAUUGUGAGUCUGUACCAUAACAAACACUGAAUUAACUUUUUAGUGAAAUCAGCUUCAGACAACACAUUGAAAUCAAAAAAGCUGCAACUCAAGGGCCUGUUCUGGGAAAAUGUAAUAUGAAUAUUACUGUGAACCGUUGGUGAAUUCUGUAUGUUUCAUUGUUGCUACAAUAUAUAUAAUUAUUUAUUUAUAAUACAACAUUCUUGACUAUGGCAAACCCUUGCAUUGACAAACGUGUUGUGGUCCAUGGAGCAUGUGAAUUGCACUCCUGCGUUAUGCUCUGGCUCCCUGACCCUCUUGUCAGCAUUUAAGUGUUGAGAGGAAUUCAAUUCGGACACCAAAGUGUUUUUGUUUGGUUUUUUUUAAAAAAUCCAAGCACUUAUUUCCCUUGCACACUCAUAGUAUCCCUACCUCACCGCUCAUGGGGGGAAAACGCAAAAAAAAAAACAAAAAAAAAAACCCAAACAGUUCAAUAUGAUUCUUAAAUAUAACCCCACUCAAUCUGAUUCCCACGCUUGCUUCAAUCAUCCUACUCAGCCUUUUCCCAACUUUUAGAUGAUGCACUUUCACCCUCUUAUUUGACACAAGUAACGGGGUACCUUUGACUAAUGUAAGCAUAUUGUAUUUAUUUCAGAGGACCUAGAAAAUGUUGUUGGUUUUUAUGAGAAUCUGUGGGUGUUGUUAAAGUACCAAAUGUAUUUGCACAGAGAAAUGGUCUUUAUGUGUUAUGCUGUUUUACAUACAUAAACACAUUUCAGUA